GUCUCCUCCCCUCGCCGCCGCCGCCGCCGCCGCCCGCCGCCGUCAAGUUGCGGAGAGAGCUUCGAGCUUCUCCCGCGGAAGAAGAUCGGCGCGAUUGUGUUCGACCCGCUCGUAAACUGCUGAGCUUCGCGCGUGCCAGACAUGUCGAUGUACUACAGAGGGUAAAUGUCGAUUUCGCGUCAUCUUGUUUCCCUCUCUGUCGUGCUCGGGUUCCUCGCCGAUGUCGGGCUUCGCUCCUCGAUAAAUCACGACCAAUUUGCUCGCUUCUCCGUGCGGUUUCGUAAAUUUGAUGCCUUUCCUCUUUUCCUGCGAAUGAUUUGGCUGUUGUUGUUCUCCAGCGCACGUAGCAUCUUCCGUUGCAAUUGGAUUCUAAAUUUCGGUAGGUUUGAUUAUUAUGAUGACGGGCGUGAAAUGGCUCCAAAGCGACAACGCCUAUUUGAUCAGGGCUCUUCGUUCUAUGGCACUUCUCCUGGUUCAAGCUACAUGUACAAUGCUUCACCUUAUGCUAACACUGGUCAGUCUCCACCUUUCCCGCUGGUGCGGCUUCGUGGCCUUCCUUUUAAUUGCACUGAAGCUGACGUGGCUGAGUUCUUUCAUGGCCUGGACAUCGUCGAUGUUCUGUUUGUUCACAACGAUGGGAAGUUCACGGGAGAAGCGUUCUGCGUUUUGGGUUAUCCUCUUCAAGUCGAUUUUGCCCUUCAAAGAAACAGGCAAAGCAUGGGUCGUAGAUAUGUUGAAGUCUUCAGAAGUAAGAGGCAGGACUACUAUAAGGCGAUAGCGAAUGAAGUUUCUGAAGCUCGUGGAGGAUCUCCUCACCGGAGCAUAUCCCGAGGAAAGUCUUCUAAUGAGAGGAAGGACUCUGCGGAGCACACAGGAAUACUGCGAUUGAGGGGAUUGCCAUUUUCAGCUGGCAAGGAUGACGUAUUGGAAUUUUUCAAGGACUUUGAGUUGUCUGAAGAUUCUAUCCAUAUAGUCUUCAACUCCGAGGGGAGGCCUUCUGGGGAAGCAUUCGCCGAGUUUGCGAGCGCAGAAGAUUCUAGAGCCGCUAUGGCCAAGGACAGGAUGACACUGGGGAGUCGGUAUAUCGAAUUGUUUGUCUCAACGCUCGAGGAGUUGGAUGAAGCUGUUUCAAGGGGACGGUGACUCUUUUCUUAGUUCGCGUGUAUGCUACUUUGUGACUGAUAACAUUAUUUGGCUGCACUGUAAUGUUUGAAAUUUCCUUUC